AUGUUACGUCAUAUAUCUUGGCGUUGCGUGCAAUGUGUUUCACUAGGCUUAACGGCCACUACGGCUGGACUUUCACUGUAUUUUAUUCAACGGAACGAUUAUGAUAUUUCAUCGAUAGGUUUGGUCCGUUUCGCUAGGGCCGGAAUCGCGGCUUCACAAAUCGCCCUUGAUUAUAAAUUAACCAUGCGACGUUUUCGUGGUGUCGAUAAUGAGUUGGAAUAUGCGAACGCUAUGAAAGGUGCUCAUGAAAGAAGUGCGCAGAAAUUGCUCGAUUUAGCUUGUGCAAAUGGUGGUGUUUUUAUUAAGGUCGGACAACAUUUGGCCGCACUGGGCUAUCUUUUACCGGAUGAAUACAUAAAAACCUUGAGUGUUUUGCAUUCACGAGCACCAGAAAGCAGUUUGGACGAUGCUCGAACUGUUUUCGAAGAAGACCUCAAAGUCAAGUUAGAAGAUGUUUUUUCGGAAUUUGAAAGUCGUCCACAAGGAGCCGCUUCACUGGCACAAGUUUAUCGAGCAAAACUGCGCGGAAGUGGUGAGACGGUUGCGGUUAAGGUACAACACCCUCGUGUUAAACCUCAUAGUCUCAUUGAUAUGACAUCGAUGGAGGUGUUAGUGAAGCUAGUGGCGAAGCUAUUUCCUGAGUUUCAUCUUCUUUGGUUAGUUGAUGAGAUGAAGAAGAACUUGCCACUUGAAUUAGACUUUACAAAUGAGGCCGCGAACGCCGAACGGGUACGGACAAUGUACGCGCAUUUGGAUUAUCUUAAGGUUCCAAAAAUUUAUUAUGAAUAUACGACCGAUCGUGUAUUAACGAUGGAAUUUUGUGAUGGUGCUCAAAUAAAUGAUGUUGAUUACUUCAUUGAAAAUAAGGUGGAUCGUCAUGAGGUUUGCCGUAAACUAGGUGCUUUAUUCAGUGAGAUGAUAUUCGUGAAUGGAUUGGUGCACUGCGAUCCACAUCCGGGUAACGUUCUCGUCAAUAAGAAUGUUGAUGGCACUAUUUCUAUUGUACUUCUUGAUCAUGGACUCUAUUUGACAUUGCGCGACGAUUUUCGGUUGAAGUAUGCGCAGCUGUGGAUGGCUAUACUGAAGCCGGAUCAGGACGAAAUCAAGCGAAUAGCAAGUGAAAUGGGUGUAGGUGAUCUGUAUGGUCUUUUCGCGUGCAUGGUCACUAAUCGAUCCUGGAAGGCUGUAACGGGCGGCGUGAAUAAGGUGAAGGAUGGGGCAGAAGAAGUGAGACCAAUGCUCAUCAUUGAAACUGAGCAAAACCACUCUUCAACCGAGGUAUUAAGUGAGCGAUUUAACUCUUUCCAGCGAGAUGAGAUCAAAGCAUAUGCAGCGUCGUUGAUACCUCAAAUAUCAGAAGUACUCGAAAAUAUGCCUCGACCAAUGAUUCUGAUUCUGAAGACGAACGAUCUUUUGCGAAGUAUUGAAUAUCGGCUUGGUACGCAGAAUCGAGCCGAUGCAUUCCUUGAGGUGACGAUUCAAUUUGACACUCUAUCGCAUUCGUUUUUUGCCUGGAAAAAUAUACGUUCUUAG